AUGGAUAGAUUUCGAUCAGUACGUGUAACCAAUGUUCCAAAAAGAACGAAACAUCAUUCAUCAUCCAAAGUCAUACCUAUCAAUGAUAAACGACAACAUGAAAACAUUCAUAUUGAAUCAUCAUCUGACAUGACGCCAUCAACUAUUUCAAAUCAUGCCUUUCAAUUCUCAUCUGGAGCAAUAGAUUUACGACAAGAGAAUAAAGACAAAAAGAAAAUAUUUCCAAAAGGAUGGAUUAUAAGUAUAGUGACUCUACUGAUAUUAAUAAUACUUGCUGUUGGUAUUUAUUUGAUUAUUCAUUUUACUAGUAGAACAGCAAGUACGACGAACGUUGUUACUCCUUCCCUUCGUUGGAACACAACAGGAGUAACUGCUGCUGGUGUAGGAGGUUCACCGGGUAAUAAUUCCAGUCAACUUAAUACUCCGGCUGAUGUAUCAGUAGAUUUUUCAAAUACACUUUAUAUAGCUGAUUACGGCAAUAAUCGAAUACAAAAAUGGUUGAGCGGUGCAUCGAACGGUACUACAGUUGCAGGGCAAGCCAGUGGAAUAUCUGGUUCAAAUGCGACUGAUCUACAACAUCCAGCUGGUAUACUUGUUGAUUCAACUGGAAAUAUUUAUAUAGCAGAUACCAACAAUCAUAGAAUUCAAUUCUGGGCAAAAGGUGCGUUGUCCGGAGUGACAAUUGCGGGAACAGGUAAGCCUUCAACACUAAUAGAAAUGCAUAUUCUAGUUUACUCAUCAAGAUCUAUUCGAAAUAUCUUUAUAAUACUAUAG